CACCCGCCCCGGGCCACCCGCCAGCCGCUAUCACUGACGAGGGCACGGCUGGCCUGGGGCAAAGUUGGCGGCCACCUUCGCGCCCUGCUGCUCCCUCUCUCCCUCCUCUUCCUCCCCGGGGGGCCCCCGGUUGCCUCUUCCCUCACGCAAGCCGCCAGGCUCGGUGAACCCAAUAGAGCACAGCGGCGCACUCUGGGUCACCCCCUGCUCAGACCAAGCCCUUUCUGCUCCCAGGGGCCAAGAGGACCCAGCUCGGCUAGGGCGGCGCCGCUGCCCCGCGCCUGGCGCUCGGGAACCUUGUGCGCGGGGCAGCCCGAGGCGCUGGCUGCGAUCCAGGAAGGGGAGCGGCGGGGGAAGCAGCGCGCAGGGGAGGGCAGAGGCGGAGAGCCACGAGCCCAGGAGCAGAGGCGGGCUCCGCACCGCACCGCGCCCCGCACGCUCGCUGGCUCCCGAGACGCGCGGGCGGCCGCCUGGGCGCACCAGCCGGGUCACCUUGUCCCGGAGGGAAAUGGGUUCUAUGGGGCUCGUGUGACUAGUGAGCACAGCCUGCUAGCCUGACGCCCAGCAGGGAGGGAGUCUACCAUGGAUGGCAUCGUCGAGCAGAAGAGUGUUCUGGUACACAGUAAGAUCAGUGAUGCUGGCAAAAGGAACGGCUUAAUUAACACCAGAAACUUCAUGGCUGAGAGCAGGGAUGGCCUGGUGUCUGUUUACCCCGCACCUCAGUACCAGAGCCACAGGCUGGUGGCCAGUGCAGCACCAGGCAGCCUGGAAGGAGGCAGGAGUGAGCCGGUGCAGCAGCUGCUGGACCCAAACACACUGCAACAGUCCGUGGAGUCCCACUAUCGUCCCAACAUCAUCCUCUACUCAGAUGGUGUGCUCCGCUCCUGGGGGGAUGGCGUGGCCACUGACUGCUGUGAGACCACCUUCAUUGAGGACCGGUCACCCACCAAAGACAGCCUGGAGUACCCCGAUGGGAAAUUCAUCGACCUCUCAGCUGAUGACAUCAAAAUCCACACCCUGUCCUAUGAUGUGGAGGAGGAAGAGGAGUUACAGGAGCUGGAGUUUCAGGGUUUGGCGAAGGGGAAGUGUCUAAAUCUGCCUGUCCUGCAUGAAUCAGGGAAGCAAGCACCACAGAGCGACUACUCCAGUGACACAGAGAGUGAGGACAACUUCCUCAUGAUGCCCCCUCGGGACCACCUGGGGCUCAGCGUCUUCUCCAUGCUCUGCUGCUUCUGGCCUUUGGGCAUUGCGGCCUUCUACUUAUCCCAUGAGACGAACAAAGCUGUGGCCAAAGGAGACUUCCAUCAGGCCAGCACCAGCUCCCGGAGAGCCCUCUUCCUGGCCGUUCUGUCCAUCACCAUCGGAACUGGCAUCUACGUGGGUGUGGCCGUCGCCCUCAUCGCCUACCUCUCCAAGAACAACCACCUGUAAGCUUCCCAAAGGCUGGCGGAAGGAGGGGGAGCCAGGCCACCCGUGUGAGGGCAGAGGAGAGACACCUGUGUGAUGCUGUAUAGUACAAUGAUUGUCAACCGACUCCAUGAUGCCCUGGAAUCUUCUACUCCCAGACUUCUUCCUCUUUUUUUUUUUUUUUUUGUUCUUAUCCUUCCACUUCACCUUCAGCACUGUGCAGAGCACCCAGGCAGCGAGCAAUGCUGAUUCUUCCACAUGGAAGCUCCAAAGAUUCCAGCCCAGCGGCUGCCCCUGGAUGGAUUCUAAUGGAUCAAUGACAACCCAGCUCUGCAGCCUGCCAGUGCCUGGACCGCCGCCCCAUUAGCAAUAUACAAACAGUUAAAAAAAUAUAUGUUUAUUUUUUAUGGAAUAUGGUGCAAUAGGCAGAAUGCAGGAGACAUGUCACCACAGCUGUGGCCCGCUUAACUCCUCUGUGUCCCCCAUCUUUGUGGCUUCCUUGUCAGAAACAAGUGGGGCUCAGAAGGAGCAAAAAGCACAUGAUGGGAGAUGGGCUAUCUCUGUCCCCAGAUGGGUCCUGCCUGAGAAUGCGAACCUAGAGGAGCACAGCGCCUACCCUGGCCCUGCUCCAUCCCAGCACGCUGUCCCAGCUUGGAGCAUCAGGCUUCCUGCAGAUACCCAGCAAUACACAGUUCUGGGGCCUCAUCAGUCGUAAAGCGGAGGCAGCCACAACCCCACCUCUCUCGAGAACAACCCCAGCCUGAGGGAAAGGAACUGUGAAGACACACAGGAUGUUUAACUCGUGGACGUUCAUCCUGCUCGUGAGCAGCAAUACUGGGAACCCGGAAAUGAAAUGGGCCUUACUCUGUCGACUAAAUGAAUGGCUAUUUUCUUGUCAUUUUGCUUCAUGCUGCUUCAGUUGCCAGGUGAAUGCUGAGGAAUAGUAAUCACAGAUGUUUUAAUACCAUGUCAUUGCUGUUUUAUGAGUGUUCAUUAUUUAACAGAAAUUAUCUUUUAG